AUGUCGUCUGCUCUGCUGAACGAGGCUACGCGCAUUGCGCGCGAGUUUGACUACCCCGCGGACCAGGUGAAGCGGGGUGUUGAAGAGUACAUCAAGCAAUCAAACGAGGGCCUCGCAAAGGAAAACACCACAUUGAGCCAAAUUCCCACUUUCGUGACUGCGGUCCCCAAUGGCACAGAAAAGGGUCUGUAUCUUGCAGUCGACUUGGGUGGCACCAACUUCCGUGUCUGCUCCGUUCAGCUCCACGGUGACACGACCUUCUCCCUCACGCAGUCGAAAAUCAUGAUCCCCCGGGAACUCAUGGUCUCCGGAACAUCCAAGGAGCUCUUCCUUUUCCUGGCCCGUCAGAUCGAGGCUUUCUUGCGCAUCCACCACAAUGAGCACUUCGAGGCUCACCUGCGCCGCCGUCGUGACGGCAACAAGAUCGAGGACCUGUUCGACCUUGGAUUCACCUUCAGUUUCCCCGUGCGCCAGUGCGGUAUCAACUCGGGCACUCUCAUUCGUUGGACCAAGGGCUUCAACAUCCCCGACGCGGUGGGUCAAGAUGUCUGCGCUCUCCUGCAGUCUGCGAUUGAUGAGCUCAACCUCCCCGUGCGCGUGGCCGCGCUGGUGAACGACACCGUCGGUACCCUCAUGGCUCGCUCGUACACCUCUCCCGGCGAGACCGGAACUCUCCUGGGUGCCAUUUUUGGUACCGGUACCAACGGUGCCUACGUUGAGAAGCUUGAAAAGGUGACCAAGCUCAAGGACAUGAAGGAUGCGCAAUAUGACAGCUCCACCGGGGAGAUGAUCAUCAACGCCGAGUGGGGUAGCUUCGACAACCAAAUGAGCGUGCUGCCCGACACCAUCUAUGACCGUGAGCUUGAUGCGGAUAGCAACAACCCCGGUGUGCAGAUGUUCGAGAAGCGUGUCUCGGGCAUGUUCUUGGGUGAGAUUCUGCGCCGCGCUCUGCUGAGCCUGCACAACAACCCCGAAUUCGGCCUCUUCAAGCCCAGCCAGAACUCCUCCGUCUCCAUCCCCGCCGAUUCUCUCUUCUACCGCCAAUGGGGGCUGGACACGAGUCUGCUGAGCCAAGUCGAGGCAGACACUAGCAAGGACUUCAGCGAGGUCAAGGCCGCUCUCAAGGAUCACCUGAAGAUUGAGAACCCCAGCAAUGACGAGUGCCAGGCCGUGAAGACCAUUGUUCACGCCAUCGGCAAGCGUGCUGCCCGUCUCAGCGCUGUCCCUAUCGCGGCCGUUCUCAUCCACACUGGCAAGCUCGAGACCGAAAAUAUGGUCGACGUCGGAGUUGACGGCAGUCUUGUGGAGUUCUACCCCAAGUUUGAAGAUUACAUCCGCGAGGCCAUGCGUGAGAUGCCCCAGGUUGGAGUUGCGGGUGAGAAGAAGGUCCGCAUCGGUAUCUCCAAGGAUGGCAGUGGCGUUGGCGCUGCCCUGAUCGCCCUUGUUGCCAGCAAGGAUGAUACCAUGCAAUUGCCCACCAAGAGAGACGACUGA